CGGUGCCUCUGGAAGGGGCGGUGGUCGCCGGCGCUCAGGGACGUGCAUGGUGGGGCGCGGUUACUGAGGGAUGCCGGCUGCGGCUUGUGGCGGAGCAGAGCUGACACAGGCUGGGGUGGGACAGUGCGACUUGGCGUAAGGAAAGGCGGGGUUCGUUGUUGCCCCGUGUUGGGAGCGCUGAGGGAAGAGCCCGUGAGGAGGAGCAUGGCGUGGCGUCCAGAGGAGCCCUUCCAAAGGUGCAGCCGUGCGAGCGGAAUCCACUUUUCUUCUUUAGACUCUUGCUCUAAUUUCUUUUAGCAGUUGUCAUCCUGCUGUGGGAGAAUCGCAGGUAAUGUGACACUGCAUCUCACUGGCCCUAACAGCUUGUUCUUUCGGCCUCUUGAGUAUUAACACGGUUGUAACCACUAGAAAUUUCUGAAACCCAUUUGCCUUCUGUGAGUCACGAAAUGUUCACCAGUGCUUUAACCUGCUGAAUAUAAAGGCUGACUAUUAAGAAGAGGGAGGGGAUGCUCAUGCAUGAUUUCAUUGUAGUGCUAUUAAAGGGAACAUCUGGGGAAGGAAGUGUGGUACCUCAACUUCUAAUUGAACCUGUUUCAUAAACAAGGUGCUUGACCAGAUGUACCAAUUAGGGUAGAGUUGUGUCAGAGCCUGCAUAUUACAAUUAGUCAUGGUACUAGGGACCAGUUUGUGCAUUGUGAGAAAAUUUUUGUUGAAGAAAUACCAAAUAUCUUUCAAAUUUUCUGAAACUGAGGGGACCAAUUUGUUUUUUAUUUGUGUCAGAAGGAAUCGAGUAAAACAAUUUAGAAAUCACACUGGUAAAGUUAGUGUGAAGCACUUGUAUUCUUGGUGCUUGUGGAAUUUGAAGGAAAGUAAAGUUUCCCAGUUCUCCAUUUUGAAGACUUGUGCAGGGUGCUCCAGGUAGAAAUAGAGGUGAAGUGUCUGCUUUUCCAAAAGCCCUAAUAUCCACUAUAUAAAUAAUUCCAUUAAGUAUAUUUGUGAAGGCUUGAAAAAGUAAAUGUGACACUUGCCAAUAACAUACUCAUUUUAAUAAUUUUCAUAUUAAUAUCAAACUUAUUUUUAAAAAUAAACAUUUCAAUUGUACAUCUUUUCAAUAACCUUUUCCUGCAUUUUAGGUUUCUCAGUAAAAGACUGUGAAACCAAACUUGCUACAAAAAUGCAAAAUUUUGUCCCCUGAAAAUUAGUAUUGUCUUUACAGGUGCAGAAAAAUAAGUUUGAAGAUAUACAUAAUGGUCAUUCUGAAAUAUUUUUAAAAAUCAGUCAUAUUCUUAGAAACAAAUUUGCUUUAAUAAAAGGAAUGCUAGGGUUCUAGUUGUUUGUCAGCUUGACUUUUUUCUUAGCUAUAAAAUGAAGUUACCUACUCCUUGCAUUGGUUCAUAUCACAGCAUCUUGUAUAUGCAAAUGUGCAUCCACACUUUAUUUGCUCUUCAAGAGCUCAUUUCCCGUGGUGGGGGGGAUGGAAAAACUGCCCGUUCCAUCUUCCCCAGUCCCUACCUGAUUGUGGCUUUGGCGUGGUCCUUGCCCGGUGAUUCGGAAGUUCCUCCCUUCCUCUCUUCACCACCUUGUAAACCUCAGGAAGGCUGGAAAGAGCCUUGGCUUUCAUUUCCUGUUUCUUCCAUGGUUAUUUCUAUGAGGAGUUCAGGGAGCUGCUUACAGAGCUGCUGAUCAAGCAGAUAUUCAAAGUAGGUGUUUUGAUGGAUAUGUGAAAAUUGCAUUUACAGUAAAAUUGUUGAUAUGCAGAGGAGCAAAGUGUGAACUAUUGACAUAAAGCAGGUUGUAAAGCUCUGCAUAGUAAAGCUGAAAUUUGAACUUGAGGUAUCAAAAUUAAUGGCAGCUACCUUCAACAGAUGUAAAAAUGAAUAAGGCCUCAAUUAAAAAACAGAUACCUGGGAGUAAUUUUCUAUUGGGCUUAUAGAAUCAAGUAUGGUCAAAGGCUACUUUUAGGUAGCUAUUAAAUAGCUUUAAAAGGUAGGGAUUCCCUGGAGCUGGCUCCUUUCAUGGCACUGUUUACACCAAACAUGCUAAUUGAUGGAAAAGAUCAGCAUCUUAAAAAUUUGUUGGCUGAAUAUCUGAAUGGCAGAUUAAAGAAAUCUCUGCUAUUUGGGCAUACAUAAAAUUGUGUGUUUGCUACUUGCUAUGUUUUAUUUACAUGCACUCUUCCAUACCAUGAAAAUGUUAAUUUAAAGGUGUUUUGUUUUAAUUGUUUUAUGGUUUAUUAGGUGAAAAUAUUGCUUCCAUGGCUUCUUAACCAUUAGUAUUUUAAAACAGAAGGGCAAAAUUUGGUAUUUGUUUUGAAAGAAAUACUCACCUACGUGCACGCUGCACUUGACAUUGGAAUACAUAAGGAGUUGAGUCACUUCAUUCCAACAGAGUCCAUAAUUUUAAGAAUACAUAGCUAGCAAGAAAGAUCUAAAAUGUAAGUAAUUACUUUGAACUCUACACCAAAAUGAGUGUUUGCAAAAGUAGGUUUUUAAAUGGAGUCAAUACAGCAAUUAGGAAGGAUUUCUUUCAAAUUUUUGUCUACUUGUUUCAUUGACUUUUAGGUACUGAUUAUACUUAGAAAUGUCAGCUAAUAACUUGUUAUUUUGGGCUCAGUGUCUUGUAACUCAGUAAAAUGAUUUUCUGAUUGUAAAAAAAAGGAAGAAUGGGAGUAUUUUCCUCCAAUAGUUCAGCACCUCUGAAACAAGCAAAUCCCCCAUGUUAUUUUAAUUUGGAAAAUUAUUCUACUAAUUGUUGCAAUUCUCUUUUGUAACUUGAGGAAGAAGAGAGCUGUACUCUUGGAAGAUGAAGAUUCUUUGGGGAAUUCAUGCUAAUGCACUGGCAUAUUCUAUGACUACCUUGGGUGCUGGAAUGAUGAAUAGCAUUUUUAAUUUCUACUACGUUAAGCUUUUCCUAAACCGAUACAAAAUUUCAGAAACAGCAUUUCAUGCAGCACAGGUUGUGUUUAUGAUCUGGAAUGCCAUCAACGAUCCCCUUUUUGGGUACAUCCAAGACACGUCCAGGCUGAAGUGCUGCGCCAGGCGCCAGUUCUCCAUUUUGUACGGAGCCCCUGUGUACGGCCUGGCCUUCCUGCUGCCGUGGUUCCCCUGGCGGCGCUACGAGGAGGGCGACUGGCUCAGCGGGCUCCAUCUCGGCGUCGCGCUGUGCGCCUUCGACGGGCUGCUGACCUUCGUGCUGCUGGCGCAGUGCGCGCUCUUCGCCGAGAGCUCCGGCAGGCACGAGGCCAGGCUCCAGCUCAUCAAGUACAGCCAAGUGGCGACGCUGCUGGGCUCCACCAGCGUUCUCUUCUGCGGGCUCGUAUCGGAUAAUAUGGAAAACUUCGCUUAUUUUCAGGCUUUCACCGUUUUGAUCGCAGCGCUCGCGACAGUUUGUAUGUGUUGCACAGGUAAAUACAGCACAAGUCAGUAUGAGCAGAGGGAAAUUCAUACUGAGGAUGCUAAUCUGGAAAACAGGGAUGGAGCUUUCUCCUUGGCCUCAGUGGUUUCAUUGACGAAACAGAUCAUGACAGAGAAGAACUUUCUAUGUUUUGUAACAAUGAAUUUCUUCCAAGUCUUCCACCUAGCCUUCUACAACAAUUUUAUGAUGAUCUUUGCGGAUAAUCUUAUUCCUAAGGACGUCCUUUCUUCCUCAGUAAGAAGUAUCAUGUAUGGAGCAGGUUUUAUUUGUCCUCAGUGCCUUGUUCUUCUCAGUCAUGCUUGGUUGAAGAAAUUUGGUUAUUACAGAAUCAUCUUGUUUUCCUUUUACUAUGAAGGAAUAGCUGCUGCUGUCAUGUGUCUUCUAGGGCAAGAACACUAUUACCUGCUGGCAUUUUAUGUCACAACAAACAUGGUAAUUGUGCAAGCUUCAUUUAGCUUGUUCAAUUUGCCUUUGGCAGAUAUUGUUGAUGCAGAUUUAAUAAAGCACAAGAGGAGGUUACCACUUUCCUCUAUGGUUUUUGGUACCAAUGCUUUAUUUACUAAGCCUGCCCAAUCUUUGGCUCCGAUAGUUGUGGUUACAAUACUAAAUCAUUAUGGAUAUUAUAACCUGAAUAAUGUACCUGGUCAUCCUGAUAUAAGCAGGUCAUUUUUACAUCUCCAUGAUGCCAUGUUCUACCUGGUCUGUCUGGUUCCCCUCUGCAUUGCAGUCCUACAGAUCCUGACCUGGACUCCCUUUUCCAUCCAGAAUAGCCACCUGGCAGCUCCACAGUAAAUAUGGAACCAGUGGUCAGUGUAUCUCCUGCUGAACCACAAGAAAAUUCAGUAAGUUUUUCAUGUGAGAAAGCAAAAUUGCAAGAGGAAACACAGUCUGAGCUGUUUCAUUCAGUCUCUACAGACUGAGUCACAUUCAGCCUUAAUGCUGAGCCUACACAAGUUUUUCCUAGUUCAGUUGCUUUCUGUUAAUGGGGUUUAUCCUUAAUUAUUUUAUUUAAAGUAAUUUCUGGUAUAUAAUGAUUCCUGUUAACUCAUUUGAAGAAAGGAUAUGGCAGAUCAGGGAAAGGGAUCCCAACCCAGCACCUGGAAUUCAAGGGAACUGUAUUUUCUGGAGCCUACUGGUGGAUUAAUUUUGCCAUAUUGAUAAAAGGCAGAUCUCUGAAGUUAAUCUGGAAGAUCCCAGUGGACAUGCCUCAUGGAUGGCAGGGAGGUAAAGAGAAAAAUUUAGAUGGUAUCUAGCUGGCCAGUAUCAAGACAAAUCUGUCGGCUACCAUGGGAAGAGCCAAGAGUAAUUAAAUACCCUGAAAGUCUGUGUCAGGCUGAAGAAGAAAAGGAUUCAGAUGCUGUUCAGUGUUGCUCAAUAUGGAAAAAGCUCAGUAAGUCCUCACUGGCUUUCAGAAUCUCUGGUUGGUGGAAGGUCAGUGCAGUUUUCUGGCUUUAAAUGGGAAAAUAAUUUUGAAGGUAUCCUAUAGUUAGUACCUCAUACAGAAUGUCAUUGUGGCAAGGACAGCAUUAGUCUGUGGAUGUAGGGUUCAGCUCUUGGACAAAUGUGGGCACACACAGUUAUUAAACCAAGCUCUACCUGUUCAUUAGUGUUCAUUGGCUAACUCAUUUGGUGUGUGACUGUUCAAGUUAAUUUCUGAAUCAUCAAGUUGAAGUUAGAUAAUUUCUGAUUAAUUCUUAUCAGUUAAGAUUUUAAAUGAAUCCUGUGAUUUUUAUAAAUUAAAGAACUUUUGAUAAAAAUUCA